GGAGGGAAACUUCUUCAUGAAGUUGAGGUGAGCUGUAACUGACCUGUGCUGAUACCAGGACUCUGCACGGUGCACACACUUUGAACCCUGGAUACUUUUUUAUCCUGGAACUAAAAGAAAAAAAAACAGGACCUCCUCUGUCCUUUUCCAACCCUGGAAUCUUUUUUGAUAAGUCUUGGUAAUUUUUUUUUAAGGUUCUUAGUACUUUGUUAGUCUGCUGUAUUCAGGAUGUUGAACCCUGCCACCCUGCAGCACGUAGUUUCCUCCUUAUUUAUACUCUGCAGUGCUGCAGUCAUGGUGAGUUUCUGUCAUGGUUUUCCUUUUUUGUCUUAAUUCCUGUCUAAGACAUUUCAUAAAGCUUCGUACCAUAACUGGACAAAUUGACAGAGUAUGACCUUUGACCCUGCUCCUCAGGCAGAGGAAGAGUGUCCGGCAGAAUGUUCUUGCACCACCUCACCGCCGCUGUGCCUGCCUGGGGUCAGCUGGGUGACAGAUCACUGUGGGUGCUGUAAAGUUUGUGCAAGGCAGUUUAAUGAGGACUGCAGUGCCACCGAACCCUGUGACCACAUUAAGGGGCUACGCUGCCACCUGGGGGCCGGAGGAGACCCUGAGAGAGGGUUGUGUAGAGGUGAGGCUGCGUUUGAGGAUGUAGAUAUUCAUUUUCAUCCAGACUGGUAAUGACAAAACAUUCAACACAAAACAUAACGACAGUCUUGUUAAUUUUGAAUGUGAUAAUUAUUUGGUAGUGUAUAUCUAUGUGUUGCAAAAAUAAAUAAAUCAAACAAUUAGUCACAUGAAGAGAAUGAAACACCAAGAACUAAAUCAGGAGAACAGCAUUUUGCUUUUUAAAUGAAAUACAGAUAGUGUGACAAAAAUAAGCCUCAAAUAAUGAGUGUUGAAGUCAAGCUUUCAAAAUAGACAUUUCAAAAUCAGAAGAUCUCAACAUUUUUCUGCACAGAUAUCAAGAACUUAAUCUUUACUUUAAGCAAAAACCAAGCAAGUGUUUUUUUUUUAAAGAAAAUUGUUUUUUAAUGUUUUUUUUACCGUUUUUCCAAGUAAAAGUAAAUUCUUUCUAACAUUUUUAUCAACUUUUGAUAUAGCCUUCAGCUUUCAUUAAUGAAUAUUUUUUUAAUAAAUAUUUUGAAUUUAUCUUCUGCAUUUCCAAUUUUUCUUAAACAAACAAAACAAAAACAACAUACAAAUGUUUUUUAAUUUUUUUAUUAUUAUUAUAUUAGCACAGUUUUCUCUCUUUAAUCUGCCUUCAUUUCUCUUUUUGUGAAUACUGCAUGGCUGUUAAGAAGGUGCUGAAACUUAAUCAAGUCAGACAGUCAGAGAGGAGAAAAAAAAGUAUCCUUAUGUAACCAGCUCACGUUUCAUAAGGAGCCACAUUCACUAAUCUCUUUCCAAGAUUGUUCUACUGGAAUACUAUACUUUACACCUUAACAGAGAGGCUCCCAGCAUUGGUUACAUGUCAAAUAACUGAUGGUAAAAAAUAAAUGCAAACAUGAAGUAGUUUUUAUUUUACAUAAACAAAAACAAAAAAACAUACUAAAGCAAUAAAUCAUUAUUGCUAUGAUGAGAAUAGCUUAAUGUGAGUAAUUCUUUAAGUUAGCAAAAACUGAAAGUAAAUACUUACAUAAUAAGAUCAAUACAAAAAUAAUCUGCCUAUCUGUUUGCUUUGAGCCCCACCACAUGCAGAUAAUCUACUUCAUAAAACUUUAAAGCACAAACUCCUCAAAUACUGAAAAACUGUAUUUUUUUUAAUGCAGAAGAUAUCAGGCCUUUAUAAGGGACAGGCUUGUAAAAGAGGCAGGCCAUAAUAUCAGAUUCCAAAUUGUUUUUAUCCUUCUCAUUGUAUUUUUAGCACGUUUUUUUUCUACAGUUAGGAAGUUUGGUCAGAAUACUAACGAAGAAUGUGUCCAAAAGAUGUUAUUUGGUGUUAAUUUGGAAGCGAAGGAUGUUGGAUUUUAGGAAUUGGUGUAGUGAUCAGGAUUUUAAUGUGUUGCAGAGAUUUAGACAGUCCCUUUGACAACCCGCCAUACACAAUCAUUGGACUUCUAAUUUAUAUUUUACAGUACAAUGAGAUAUUUUUUCCUCAUAAAACCUGUUUGUCACCAUGAGUUCUGUGCACAAGUGCAGGUUUUUCAUCCGUCCACAAGUAUGAGGUGCAAAGGUCUCCUCACAGCUCUGUUUCCUUUUUUCUAUGUGCGUGUUGACAGCUGAGGCUCAGGGAUUGCCCUGCGAAUUGAAUGGGAGGGUUUACCAGCAUGGCGAGGACUUCCAGCCUGACUGCCAGCACCAGUGCACCUGCAUGGACCGGGUGGUUGGCUGCAUGCCCCUCUGUCCCAAUCAGGUCCCCCUUCCUGACUGGCGUUGCUCACAGCCCAGGUUGGCAAGGCCUAAGGGCAGCUGCUGUGAGGUAUGGGUGUGUGACGACAACAACCACAUCAGUGAGGAGCCAGACGAGCUGACGCACACCUCCUUGCCAGACAGACAGCCCCUCCCCAACCACAUCAGUGCCCUGCUGGAGGCCCAGCCUCAUCCCCGACACCCAGCUGCCACUGGAGAGGCCACGUUCAGAGGUAAACAUGUUAGCUAUGACUUUUUGAGGUGGCUACAAACAACACUAAAGAUGGACCAGUGGUCUAGAGGAGGUUUUCUAUGGUGAUGAGCCAAACCUGAGGCUGCAAAUAAAAAGAGCGCCGACCUUGAGUCUCAAAUAUGAAGCCAGCUAGAAUACAAAUGCAGUUAGGUGGCAGGCCAGCAUGGACUGACACCACUGACAGGCAAAAGACGUAUAAAUGAUAUUGGUAAAUGAGGCUACUUCUUUGCUUAGUUAUUAUCUGUGUGAAAGUUUUGUUUAUCAUUUUAUGGUAAGACUAAGAUUACUAGUGUUGGUUCAUGUGCUUAAUGCUUCUCCAAUUUCUGAUUGGAGGGUAUGCACAACUCUUAAUAUAACUUCUGCCAUCCAUUUGUACAACAGUGAACACAUACUUAAUGAAGUGCAUGCUGUACAUGAGAACAUUUUUGAUGAUCAUCUCCAUUCAUUCUUUCAGAUUUCACCAAAGUUGUCCUAGUUUUUGUUAACAGGCAAUGGUGGCAGAGUUACCUUUGGGUUUUAGUUUCAGUCAUCAUUAGGACUCCGAGUCUUUUUGGUGGUUAACCUGAUAUAUGUUUGUCAGAAGGAGGGGAUUUCAAUUGCCAAUCCAAGAUUCUUUUUUGCUGGCACACGUGGGUACUCGUCCUUGAAACACUUACGGAGCCAGUACCUGUGGUUCCACCUUGCUAACCCAGUUAGUGUUCAUUAAAAACAUAGCCUCUAUUAAGCAUAAGCUCCCGUGCAACCUUUUGUACAAAUACAGAAUGAUUGCUUCAUAAAACAAGGAGAAAAAUACCAAUCCUGAGACUUUAAAAGGUCACUCACAAACCAGUGGAUGACAUUGUGAUGGGCAUGUCUGCCUCUUAUGUCCAUGGGCAAAUUUAGAAGUAUUAUUUAGUGGUGUAUAGUAUAGGGCUGUAUAGUCAAAGUGAGGAGUUGGGUUCUUUCAGUGUGGACUUUGUAUGUUCAGUCUUUGCAUGUGUUGGCUCCCUCUGGGUACUCUAGUUUAAGUUUAUAGUCCAAAUAUGUGCUUGUUGUGUUAAUUGAUCACUCUGCAUUGACUCUUGGGGUGAGUGUGUCUUGUUGUCUGAUCCUAUGUUGGCUCUGUAAUAGGCAGGUGAACUGUCCAGUGACAGCUGGGAUAGGUCUCAUUGGCCUCUCGUCUAGCCCAAUGAGACCUAGCAUAGAAUAGGCAGCGUAGACAAUGGAUGACUGGAUGGUUAAGCAAAUCCAAUAAGAAACUGGAUUUGCGUUUGAUCUUAAACUGGUACAUGUUUCUGAAUAUAUUUGGAGCAAUUCUACUUUAUUUUUCUCCAAAUGGAAGAAUAAGAAUGCAAACUUUUAUGAUUUAUGAUAAACUUCUCGCCCAAGUGGUAUUUUUUAAGUGUUAUUCACCAUCUUUUAAAAAAGGAUCUGUACAAUUUAUCCCAAGAUGUUCCUCUUUUACAACAAGGUUUCAUGUCUACAGAUUAUCUAACCAUGCCUCUGAAUUUAAUUAAGCUCCUCAAAAUUAAAGUUUGGCUGAUUUGAAAUCGAAAGUUGCUGUUUUAUCUUGAGCUCUACUAAUGGUUUUCUGUCGGAGGAAUUUUACUGUGGACAUUAGAUAUGGAUAUUAUUUUCAUUAAUAUCACAAUAAAUGCAAUACGAUGCCAGUUUCUUAAUGGCUCACUUAGACAUGUCAACAGCUAGUUUUGCAGAAAAAUAAAGUGGUUUUUUUCACUAUAUGAACAACAAGAAAUGGACCAGUUGAUAUUUCUGUCCAAUCUGAGUUUUGCAUCACAUAAUAACACUGACUGUAUGUACCUGAAUGAUUGAAGGGGUUCCUUGAUUUUAUGUAACCUUAAUUUUUUUGUGACCCUCACAGAGAUCAUGUCCUUCCCUAUGGCCAAGCUGUUUGAGGAGUCUGGCUGUUACCCACAGACCACAGAGUGGACCCCGUGCUCCACCACAUGUGGGAUGGGCAUCUCAAGUCGAGUGACCAACAACAACCCGGAGUGUCAGCUGGAGAGAGAAACCAGACUGUGUCAGAUCAGGCAAUGUGAGCUGCAGCUUCCUGUACCCAGCAAGGUAUGCUAAAAAUAUAUAUGCACAUAGCUAACAGGAGGGAUAGUUUUGGUUUACAUAAGAGUACUUUUCAACAGCUGUAGUAAUACUUGCACUAGAUUGUAAAACUUCCUUAUAGUACGACUUGAGUUGGCAGCACAAUAUAUACACCUCUGUGUCAUGCAUGGGCAUAAGAUUUUCUGCUUAGAUUUUAAUAUUAAAAGUCAGAUUAUAAGAAUGAGUCAGUUUGCCUAAAGCUACAUCUGAGUGUGGUGGUGGUCCAUCAGCAAGGACGGGUCCUAGGACUGUAUAAAAAUGCUGCAGUUUUUUUGUGUGUGUGUUAUGAUCAGUGUUUUCAUAAAUAUUUCCUUUAAUAUGGGGACUGAUCUGGUGUCUAUUUGUAGCGCAAAUAGUACUGCACUACAUAGUAUUGUGCAGCACUGAUACUUUUACAAAUUUGCUAGUUAUUUCUGUAUCUUUAUGACCUGCACACUGUAAUUUAAUCAGCCACUUGGAAUUAAAACCGCUGGAGGAAGCUACAUUACAGCAAACAUGUGACUUGCUAUCUGCUGAAAGUCUUAGAUAGAUAUUUUGACUUUGACGGAGAAAGUCAGUAGUUGGUCAUUUAUAGAGAUCCAGUUUGAUGACCAAGCGAACUGUCAUCAAACUGAGAAAUGGUCAGCAUCAGGUAGUUGCGUCUGAGUAGACCCAUAUGCAAAUCUUGGAAAAGGAUUGAAAAUGACUGGAAUCAUGUGUAUAAUACAAAACCCAAUUCCAAUGAAGUUGGUAAUAUUUCAGCAAGACAGUGCCAAGCCACAUUCUGCACAUGUUACAACAGCAUGGCUCUGUAGUAAAAGAGUGUGGGUACUCGACUGCAGUCCAGACCUGUCUCCCAUUGAAAAUUAUGAAGCGUAAAAUACGACAACGGAGACCCCGGACUGUUGAACAACUGAAGCUGUACAUCAAACAAGAAUGGGAAAGAAUUCCACCUUCAAAGCUUCAACAAUCGGUCUCUUCAGUUCCCAAAUGUUUAUUGAGUGUUGUUAAAAGGAAAGGUGAUGUAACACAGCGGUAAACAUGCCCCUGUCCCAACUACUUUGGCAUGAAAUUCUGAGUUAAUUAUUAUUUGCAAAAAAAAUAAAGUUUGAGUUUGAACAUUAAGUAUCUUGUCUUUGUAGUGUAUUCAGUUGAAUAUAGGUUGAAAAGGAUUUGCAAAUCAUUGUAUUCUGUUUUCAUUUAUGUUCAUCACAAUUUCCCAACUUCAAUGGAAUUGGGUUUUGUAUAUUUGAACAGUGAUGUGGUGGUGUUUGGUUUUCUGGCAUAUUUAAAAGUAAGUACAAACAACAGAAAUUGUUUAGUUUUUCCAGAUCACAGGUGAAUAAUUUUAAAAAUAAUAAUUUAAAAAGCUGCUUUGUCUCUAGAUGAAACUUUACGAGGAGAAUCAUGAAGAAAUUUAAAUGAUAACUCUGUUUCUGUCAUCCAGAAGGGGAAGAAGUGUCAAAGAACCAUCCGCCCUGAGAAGCCGGAAAGAAUCACCUUCGCCGGAUGUUCGACAGCACAGCGAUACCGCCCUCGCAGCUGUGGGACCUGCUCCGAUGACCGCUGUUGCACACCUUCAGUCACUCGCACAGUGAGGCUCCGCUUUCACUGCUCCGAUGGCGAAGGCUUCUACAGAAACAUCAUGUGGAUCCAGCGCUGCAGCUGCAGUACGAGAUGUCACACACAGCAGAUUGGCAGUUUAUUUCCAUCAGUCAGUCUUUAUAAUGACAUCCACACUUUCCGACACUGAGGAAAACUCAUCAUGCCCAUGCCAAAGACUGUGCACCCUCACCUGAACCAUCCCCCCUUUUCUGUCUCAGCUUGGUGAGCUCCUGCUACCCCCCUCUCUAGGACCGGAUGGUAUGUUUGCUUGCACUUUAAGCUUCCUGCCACUGUGAUGUUACAGUUUGUUGGCACUACAGGUGUGCUUCCUCUCCAGUUCCAGUACCAGGCAGCACUGAGGACAACACACUGUCAGCAGAAAGCUUUCCACAGAAUCGUAAUUUAUUUCUAGCUUUGCCGUGAUGGUUUGUCAAACAGAGAGAGCUCUUUAUGAAAAGAAUCAGGGACGAUGGAGAAACUGAUUUAAUGAGGAAAACUAGAAGACGCAUUUAUUAAGACUGUUCUUUAACACCAGACCAGACCUUUGUGAUUACAUGUUUCCUUCUUAUGUAUUGAUUGUGUAAUGAGUGUGUGUGUAUGUAAGUGUGUGUUUGAAGAAAAACUUUCUAUACAGAGAGUUAAUGGAGAUGUAUUGUGCUUCUUCAGUAUAGAUUAAAGUAUAAACUGUAUAUAGACUUCACUCUUAGUUGUGGAGUGGUAAAUUCUAGGAUCACCUCAUUUUUCGGGGUGUGAUUUAUUAUAUUUUGUGUUUGUGUCCUUUAAAAUGUACAUAUAAUGCUUUAUUUUUUAGAUAUGAAAUGAUACUUUCUAUAUUAAAGUCACGUUACACCUGUUCAUUUGAUGUUUUAUCUGUAAACUCCUGUACAUCAAAUAAAAAUGUAUCAACUUACAA